ACAUGCAAAAACCAAAUGGACAAAAGUUAAUGUCGAAAAACUUGAAGAAAAAAAAAUAGUUGUUAAAACGAGUGCAUAAUCAAGUUGAUAAUUACAAAAUGACAAUGUCUGUUCGAUUGGAAAAUGAUCAGCAAACUGUAUCGACAAUGGUUGAUCAAAGAAGAAAUUCCAAAAGAACAACAACAACAACUGAAAAUCGAACAAGUUAUUUAUCAACAUUAAUGCAUAUGCUUAAUGGUUUUAUUGGUUCAGGAAUUUUAUCGAUGCCAAUUACAUUUAAAAAUGGCGGUUUAAUUGUUGCUAUGGUUAUGAAUCCAAUGAUUGGUAUUUUAUCUUGUCAUUGUAUUCAUAUGUUGAUUCAGAUUAAUGAAUUAGCAAUGAAAAUUAAGGAUCGAACAAUACCUUUGGAUUAUCAUGAGCUAGCUGAAUUUGCAUUCGAAAUCGGACCACGUUUAUUUCGUCCAUGGGCACGGAAAGCAAAAUAUUUUGUACUAAUUGCUAUUGCAUGUACACAAAUUGGUGGUUGUUGUGUUUAUUAUCUAUUCAUCGGUACAAAUGUUAAAAAAUUUCUAACACAUUGUUUAGGCGAGGAAAAUUGUCCAUCAAAAGAGGUGUGUUUAGUAAUGAUUUUGCCCAUUGUGAUUGGUAUUAAUAUGAUACGUAAUAUACGUCGAUUAACAUUAUUAUCAACUAUAUCGAAUGGUUUACAAAUAGCCGGUAUUGGAAUUAUUCUGUAUAAUAUUUCAACCAAAUCAUGGCCAGAAUUUCCCGAUCGAUUACCGAAAAUUGGUGAAAAAAUACCACAAUUUUUUGUUUCAUCAUUAUUCAUUUAUGAAGGUAUUUCAUUGUCAAUGAGCCUAUACAAAGCAAUCGAUAAAACGGAAAAUUUUUCCCGUCCAUUCGGCGUAUUAAAUAUUGGCCUAUUGAUUAUUGGUGGAUUUUAUUUUACAUUAGGUUUUAUGGGCUAUGCUUGUUAUGGUUCAACGGUUGAAGAAACAAUAACCGAAAAUUUAGCCGGUAAUCAUAUUGAUCAAACAGUACAAAUAUUAUAUGCAUUUGCUGUAUUGUUUACCUAUCCAAUUAUUCUCUAUGUACCUAUACAAAUUUUAUGGCCAAUUUUGGAACGUAAUUUACGAAAAAAAUUUACCUUAAGCAAUGGUAUUUUGGCAAAUCGUACAACCUUAAUCAUUGAAUUGUCGUUUAGAAUUGGAUUAGUUUUGUUUACCUAUAUGUUAGCAUCGAUUGUACAAAAAUUGGAACUUAUCAUAUCAUUGGUUGGUGCUAUUACAUCAAGUUCGAUUGCCAUUAUCAUUCCAUCAACAUUACAUUUGAUUACUUUUUACAAACAAUCAUCAUCCAAAUAUCAAAAAUAUUGGCUUUUAAUUAAAAAUCUAAUCAUUAUGUUGAUUGGUUGGUCGGGUUUUUUUCUUGGUUCUUAUUAUAGCCUUUGUGAUAUUAUUGGUUACAAUCAACAACAACGGUGAUGAUGAUGUCAUCAUCGUCGUUGUUGCACAAUCAUCAACCCCUUGACAAUCUUUACGGUAUUCUUUUUUUUUUGUUUCGUUUUCUGAAUAAAUUAAACAAUCACAUCUG